ACAACGAAUGCCGCAUUGGGCCGGACCCCUGACUGUGAUCUCCGUCCUGGCUUUCCCGGGUAGCCCCCCCCCCCCCCCUGUCUGGGCGCACCGCGCUGGCACGUCUUGCUCGACGAGAACGCAGCUCCUGAUCCCAACUUCAGAUGAAGCCCUGUUUUGUUUUGUGCUUGUUUCCGGCCUGUGAGCAACGACAUAGGCAAAGACGACCAUGGCGCUGCCAUCGCAGGAUUUCGACGCCAGCAAAAGCUGUGCCUGCGCCUGUGCCUGCGUUUGCGCCAACUCGUGCUCAUACUUUUCCUCUUCACCAUCCCCUGAUGAUAUCUCGUCUUCGUGCCCGACAUCUUCGUCCUCUUGUUCCUUGCUUCUCCAGUUUACCGCUUCCAAGACUGAAAUCCAGGAGGAUCAACGUCACCCACCCUUCUCGCCGCCUUGUCGGUACCUGUCAUCCCACCCUCCCCACCGCUGCGGUGAAGGGGCACAUGGAUCCGAACACUCAUUCACUCCUGAUAUAUUUAGCAUCCCGGUCCUCCUUCGCCGCAAGUGGCUGCUCUUUGUCCUCGCUGUUGCAGCUAAUACAUAUAUCCUCGUCCUCUACUCUCACUCUUUUACUUCCACCAGAGCAGAUCAGACGACGACGACAACUCACCUCAUCUCCUUCCUCGACUCUUUGUACCUAAUACUCGUCAACAUGGUCGCCAACAUCGGAGGCCUCGCUGCCCGUGCAGUCUUCCUCAUGUCGACUCGCCCCCUCGCCCAGAGAGCGGACGCCGCGACUUACACCAGCAACGCCGUCGACGCCAUUCGCACCCUCCAGACCUCGUGGUAUGAUGUCGGCACCGGUCUUUGGGACAACGCGUGGUGGAACAGCGCCAACGCAUUCACGACGCUCGCCGACUUUGCCGACCUGAACCGUGAUGCCGCCAACGAACUCAACCUUGGAGGCGUUCUGAAAAACACCUUUGACCAAGCCCAGAAGGCCACGGCCACGGCCGCCAAGUCCAUCAGCGCCCUUGGCCUCGUCACGACUUCCUAUGCCAUCACCAAGCGCGAAAACCCGCUGCCCCUCGAGGCCCGUCAGUUCAGCGCCCAGGGCUUUCCCAACUUCAUCAACGAGUAUUACGACGACGAGGGCUGGUGGGCGCUCGGCCUUAUCAGAGCCUACGACAUCACCAGGGACCAGGACUACCUCGACAUGGCUGUGCGCAUCUUUGCCGACAUGAAGACGGGCGGCAACACCACCUGCGACGGCGGCAUCUACUGGAGCAAGGACCGCAAGUACGUCAACGCCAUCGCCAACGAGCUCUACCUCAGCGUCGCCGCCUCGCUUGCCAACCGCAUCACCAGCGACAAGGCCAGCUACCUCAGCAUCGCGACGUCCCAGUGGGCUUGGUUCAAGGCCAGCGGCAUGAUCAACGACGAGGGCACCAUCAAUGACGGCCUCGACGGCGACUGCCAGAACAACGGCGCCAACGUGUGGUCCUACAACCAAGGUGUCGUUCUCGGCGCUCUCGUCGAGCUGAGCCGCGCCACUGGCGACAAGUCGGUCCUGACCGAUGCCGCCAACAUCGCCAAGGCCGCCAUCAAGCGGUUGGCCGACGACAACGGCAUCCUCCACGACACGUGCGAGCCCAACUGCGGCUCCGAUGGCAACCAGUUCAAGGGCAUCUUUGUUCGCAACCUGCGGUACCUGCACGCCGUGGCGCCCCAGAACGACUUCAAGACCUUCCUCCUCAAGAACGCAGAUAGCAACUGGUCCAAGAACCGCGAUGCUAAGGGAAAGCUAGGUGUAGUUUGGUCAGGCCCCGUACAGGGUGUUUCCGGACCGACUCACAGCUCAGCACUAGACUCGAUUGUUGCCGCGAUUGCGGUCGCCUAAGAGCAAUUGCCAUGUUCGCGGACCGCUGACCACUGGGCCGGAAUUGGCAUUGGAUUCAUAGGGUCGCUUUGAUCACUCGUCUUCCUUUUUUCCCCCUCCUUUUGAUUCUUCUUCUUCUUCCUUUUCUUCAAUUGGCGUCGGGAAAUAGGGAGCGUACUAGACUUGUUCAGGACGGGAUACCCUCUGACACGGACACUCCUUUGGCGCUUGUGGCAAGACCAAAAGAAACUCAGGCGCACGGGGAUUUAUUGUUAAUGAUGACUCUAAUGAGUAAUGAUACCACAGUUCUUCAAGUAGUUCGAAAAGUUUGUGUUGUAGAUCCGGAUGACAGUAUGCAAGCCUGCACCACUUUGGAAAAUACAUCAUCUUCCAAGAGUCCCAGGAGUCACAUCAAAGUCAGUAGUCGAAAAGUGCGUGACUUGAAUGCUAUGAGCAUCCUUUCAGCUCCUCUCCUCUCCGUCGCCCCUUAUGGUGUUUCCGGACACUAGCC